AUGCGAUUUCGAUUGGAAAAGUACGCUGUAACCACAGGCAUAGAAAAAGCUUUCCUACAUGUGGGACUACAAGAAAAAGACAGGGAUGUUACCCGGUUUUUGUGGCUCACUGAUCCUAGUGAUCCUAAAUCUCAACUUUGCACAUACCGAUUCAAAGCAGUGUUGUUCGGCGCGACGUGCUCACCGUUCAUUCUUAACGCCACUAUUCUCAAACACCUGGAAUUGAACAAAACAAACAAAGCAGCCGAGAUUAUAAAGAGAGAUUUAUAUGUUGACAAUAUACUCUCUAGUUUUGAAGAAAAUAAAGAUCUACUCACCUAUUUCCGUGAUGCACGUGAUCUGAUGAAAUGUGCCAGUAUGAACUUAAGAUCGUGGUCUUCUAACAACUCCGAACUAAAAGCUAUCGCCACACGAGAAGGAGUCAUAGAUAGAGAUGAAGUAACCAAAGUACUAGGUAUGUGCUGGAAACCGGAAACAGAUACCAUGGCAUACAGACAUCACAAGAUACCAACGUUAGACUCUGUAACCAAGAGGGACAUUCUAAGAUAUUCAUCACGAAUUUAUGAUCCACUAGGUCUGUUAAGCCCGGUAACAGUAAGGGCAAAAUUACUUCUUCAGCAAUUAUGGAAAGAUAAGUUUGAUUGGGAUGUACCGUUACCACUAGAGGUGCAAGAUAAAUGGAACAAGCUGGCUGAAGAUCUGAACACAGUUACAGAUACAGAGUUUUCCAGACAGUACAUACGGCAGUCAAAGCAUAAACAGACCAUAAAUAAUUCAAGAACAAAAAGUACUCUCAAUGUAUUUGUCGAUUCCAGUCUCAAAUCAUAUGGAGCAGCAGUAUACAUAGUGAACGCAGAUGGAUCCAGAUUGGUGAUCGCGAAAAAUCGGGUAGCUCCCGUGAAACCCAUGACAUUACCACAGCUCGAACUUAUGGCCGCAGUAGUCGGCGCCAGAUUAGUUCAACACGUACAAGAUUCCUUGAACAUUUCCGACGUCAUCUGCUGGUCCGAUAGCCAGAUUGUGCUUCAUUGGUUAUCAACAUCUAAACCAUUGAAACAGUUCGUGCAGAACAGAGUGAUAGAAAUACAAACACUUACCAAAAAUUACCCAUGGCACUACUGUCCAACAUCAGCCAAUUGUAUAAAACUUUUAACCGCGCGGUAA